UUCAUGUCUGUCUGUCUGUCACUCGUUUUCGAACAAGAGAGAAGCCGGUACCCCCGUGCUUCUCCUUGUUAAAUUUUUGAAAAAGUAUAUUUUAGAGAAUCUACCGUACUAACAAUCAAUAAUUACAAUUUAAGUCAAAUAAAAUAUUUGGACUAGUUUACACUUCUUCAAACGCCGCUUCGAAGAACCUGCCCACCACGUGUACUUACAUCGUGUUUUCUGUGAAUCUACUAUUUCAUUUGUACCAAAGAGAAGUAUCAUAUUCCACGUGUGCCACUUAUCAAGAUGUCGGUGAAAGCGGAAGGGGACCUCCGUGACGGACUGUCAGCUGCCGAGAUAUUUGCUAACAGUGAAGGACUGACAUACAAUGACUUUCUACUGCUACCUGGAUACAUCGACUUCACCGCCGAGGAGGUGGACCUAACCUCGCCUCUCACUAAGAAAAUUAACCUGAAAGCUCCUUUGGUGUCGACGCCCAUGGACACGGUCACCGAAGCUGACAUGGCGAUCGCCAUGGCUCUCUGCGGCGGCAUCGGCAUCAUACACCACAACUGCACCGCUGAAUACCAAGCCAACGAAGUUCACAAAGUGAAGAAAUACAAACACGGCUUCAUCAGAGACCCCAUCUGCAUGGGCCCCAACAACACAGUGGCUGAUGUGAUUGAAUCCAAGAAAAAGAAUGGAUUUACAGGUUAUCCUAUCACAGAGAACGGAAAAUUGGGUGGGCGCCUCAUAGGCAUAGUCACCUCAAGAGAUAUAGAUUUCAGGGAGGGAGAUCCACAUCUCAGCCUGAAGGAAGUGAUGACGCCCAUUGAUGAAAUGAUCACUGCUCAAUCCGGUGUAACUCUUCAAGAUGCCAAUUAUAUUUUAGAGAAAAGCAAGAAAGGUAAGCUCCCCAUUAUUAAUGGAGCUGGUGAACUUGUCGCGCUCAUAGCCAGAACCGAUUUGAAGAAAGCCAGAAGCUACCCAAAUGCUUCAAAGGACUCCAACAAACAACUGCUAGUGGGUGCUGCCAUCGGCACCCGGGAUGCCGACCGUGAACGUCUCAAGCUCCUUGUCAGUAAUGGUGUGGAUGUGAUAGUUCUGGACUCUUCCCAAGGAAAUUCCAUAUAUCAGAUAGAAAUGAUCAAAUUCAUUAAAUCCACUUACCCAGACAUACAAGUGAUAGGAGGAAAUGUUGUGACCAGAAUGCAAGCCAAGAAUCUGAUUGACGCAGGAGUGGAUGCGCUGAGAGUCGGUAUGGGUAGUGGCUCCAUCUGUAUAACCCAGGAGGUGAUGGCAUGUGGCUGCCCACAAGCCACAGCUGUGUAUCAAGUUUCCUCAUAUGCUCGCCAGUUCAACGUCCCCGUGAUAGCUGAUGGAGGCAUUCAAUCCGUUGGCCACAUAGUGAAGUCCCUUGCUCUAGGAGCCUCCACAGUAAUGAUGGGAUCCCUUCUGGCAGGAACCUCAGAGGCCCCAGGAGAAUAUUUCUUCUCUGAUGGUGUGAGACUUAAGAAAUACAGAGGCAUGGGAAGCUUGGAGGCCAUGGAAAACAAAGAGGGUAAAGGAGCAGCCAUGAGCCGUUACUUCCACAAGGAAACUGAUAAACACAGAGUAGCCCAAGGAGUGAGUGGCAGUAUUGUUGACAAAGGAUCGGUGCUACGGUUCCUCCCAUACCUGCAAGCAGGUUUGCAACACAGCUGCCAAGACAUUGGAGCCAAGUCUGUGGCCACAAUACGUGAAAUGAGCUAUUCUGGAGAUCUAAGAUUCAUGAAGCGAACAUACUCUGCCCAACUGGAAGGAAAUGUUCAUGGAUUGUUUUCUUAUGAGAAAAGAUUAUUUUAGAUAAAUCAAACACUAAAACGUGAUAAUGAGUACUUUCAAAAGUGAAAAUUCAUUGUAUAUGUGAUGAAAGUAUCCAUUUAUUUUUCAAUGGAAAUGUUAUUUUGUAUUUGUAUAUUAAGAGUAAUUGUUGCUUUAAGAUUUAAGAUGAAAUUUAUCCACUGGAGCAUUUACUCCUCUCAUGUUGUCACUUAUUUUAUUCUUUGGCAUUUAUUUAUAAUCUUUGUGACAAAGGACCAGAGAUAUCUAUUCUUUAUUAAAGUGUGUACUAUAA